AUGACUGACGAAGAGUUACAAAUAUUUUGUCUAAUAGAGAUAGAGAAAUUGCUACAGGCCAAUGGAAAAUCAUUAAGAGAUUUUGCUGGUAUGCCGCUUCCUAAUGUUAAUUUGGUCUCACAAUUUAGUAAUUCUAUGGUGUUGCGUGAAUUAGAAUAUGACAUUUCUGUGAUGCUUGAAGAACACAAUUCAAAUUUUCCAAAGUUGAAUGAAGAACAGAAGUCAAUCUAUGAUAGGAUUAUACAUUGUGUUACUAAGAAGGAACACAGAAGAAUCGUUAUUAAUGUUGCUUCAAGUGGAAUUGCUUCAUUAUUGUUACCUGGUGGUAAGACAGCUCAUUCUAUGUUUGGUAUCCCAAUUGAAUUGAAUGAAGAUACUAUUUGUAGAAUUUCGAAAGAUAGUCCUAAGGCUGAUUUAAUUCAACUUGCUGAGCUGAUUAUUUGGGAUGAAGCUCCAAUGACUAACAAGUUGGCAUUUAAAGCUUUAGACAGAAGUUUUCGAGACAUAAUGACGUUGAUUUCAGUGUCUUACAAAGAUCUACCUUUUGGAGGAAAAAUCAUUGUUCUUGGAGGUGAUUUUCAACAGGUUUUGCUUGCUAUUCCUAAAGCUUCUCAUGCUGAGAUUGUUUUGGCAUCAAUCAAUUCUUCAAUUCUUUGGAAGCACUUUGAAGUGUUGACGUUGACAAAAGAUAUGCGGUUAGAAAGUGUUACAAAUCAAUCAAAUCUGAAAGAAUUGAAAAGGUUUUUUGAUUGGAUUCUUCAGAUUGGAGAAGGGCGUAUUGGGACAAUAAUUAAUGAAAAGCUUUUAGUUCAAAUUCCAAAUGAGUUUCUGAUUUUUCCUUCUGAUAAUCCAAUUGAUGAUAUUAUAAAUGCAAUUUAUCCUGACAUAGUUAGAAACUUUGAUGAUACUGGUUUUUUCCAAGACAGAGCCAUAUUAGCUCUAAAAGUAGAGAUUGUUGAAGAAAUCAAUGAUCACAUUCUUCAAUUGCUACCUAGGACAGAAAAAGAGUAUCUAAGUGCUGAUUCUAUAUGUGGUAGUGAUGCUUAUUGUGAAGUUGAUGUUGAUUAG